AUGGGUUUGUUCGAUAACAUCUUCGGCACCAUCAAUGGGGUCAUCAACGGGGCCCUCGGCUGGCUCUUUGGCGUGACAGCAGCCCUGGCCCAGUCUGCUACCAACGGAAAAUCACUCUUUGCUGUUCUGCUUGUCAAUGGUGCCUUCCCGGGGCCUACCAUUGAGGCCAACUGGGGAGAUAUCAUUCAAGUCACCGUCCACAACAACAUCACCAAGGACUCCACAGGCGAUGCCGAAGGAACAGCUCUGCACUGGCAUGGCUUCCUGCAAACCGCAACUCCAUGGGAGGACGGUGUGCCCGGAGUUGACCAAUGCCCUAUUCCACCUGGAAAGAGCUAUACCUACCAGUUCAAGGCUGAACUCUACGGAACUACUUGGUACCAUUCCCACUACAGUGCUCAAUACUCUGGCGGUGUCACCGGUCCGAUGAUUAUUUACGGCCCCAACCAGAAGAACUAUGACAUUGACAUCGGCCCGGUAAUGCUGUCUGACUGGUACCACCCGUCUUAUCUGCAGUUGGUACAGCAGACGAUGACGCCAAAUCAACCGCCGGUUUUCUCUGACAAUAACUUGAUUAACGGAAAGAUGAACUUCGACUGCACCAAGGUUGCUCAGGGAGACAAGUCCAAGUGCACCAACAACGCCGGAGUCAGCAAGUUCAAGUUCACUACCGGCAAGACUCAUCGUCUUCGUCUCAUCAACAGCGGCUCCGAAGGUGUGCAGCGCUUCUCUAUCGAUGGCCACAACAUGACAGUCAUUGCCAACGACUUCGUUGAGGUUAACCCGUAUACCACCAAGGUUGUCACGCUUGGAAUCGGCCAGCGUGCCGACGUCCUGGUCACCGCGAACGCAGGCAACUCCAAGUCGGCGUUCUGGAUCCGUUCCAACAUUACCUCGUGCUCUCUGACGAACCAGCCCAACGCCGUCGCUGCGCUCUACUAUGACCAAGCAGACACGACCAAGCAGCCAGCAUCGCAGGCCUGGAACAUUCCUGACCCAGGAAACUGUGCCAACGACGACCUGGCCAUCACGACGCCGAUGUACAAGAUGAAGCCCCCCACGCCUUCCACCACGAACACCUUUGGUGUGAAGCUGUUCCAGAACGCAUCCGGUAACACUCUUUGGAGCUUUGACGGCGUCAGCAGCCGCGUUGACUACAACGCCCCGCCCUUGCUGAUGGCCAACGCCGGCAACCUGACGUUCCCCACCGAGGCGAACAUCCGGAACAUCGGCACCAACUCGAGCGUGAGGAUCAUUGUUCAAAAUGACACUCCUGCCGCCCACCCCAUCCAUCUCCACGGCUACAACAUGUACGUCCUCUCCGAGGGCGCAGGGACCUGGAAUGGAGUCGUCGUGAACCCCGACAACCCGCAGCGCCGUGACGUCCAGCAGGUGCGGGCCAACGGGUACAUUGUGGUGCAGUUCGACCCGGAUCACGCGGGAGUCUGGCCAUUCCACUGCCACAUCGCAUGGCACGCGUCCGCCGGCUUCUUCCUGCAGUUCCUCGUGCAGCCGGACCAGGUCAAGAAGCUGCCCAUCCCGCAGAAGGUCGCCCAGACCUGUAGGGACUGGAGCGCCUUCACGGCUACGGACAUCCCUGAGCAGAUUGACAGUGGUGUAUAA